AUGGCCGCACAAAUGCAAAACAAGCGCUCCUUCACAGGUCAACACACCUUGCUCCCAGCAGCAGAAGAACACCGCGUCUUCCGCAUCACCUUCGUCUCCCCGCACACCCUCUUCUCAUGGACUUUCGGACGCGGCACCGUCAUAUGGAGGAUAUGGCCCGCCGUCUUGAUGCACACGCUCUUUGCUACUCUCGUCACGAUCGUAUCCAUGAAAACGAAUAUAUACCUCGGCAUACCUAACGUCAUGCUCACCGUUCUCGGUGUCGUCAUCGGUUUCGUGAUCUCCUAUCGAGCUAUGUCGGGCUACGACCGCUACUGGACCGGCCGUUCCGCCUGGUCCGACAUAAUGCGCAACGCCCGCACCUUCACCCGCCUCAUCUGGUUCCACGUCCCCCUCCGGCUCUCCCCCCGCACCGACGCCGAAACCGCCUCGGAAGCCCGUGGCGAAAGGCUCGAGAUGCGGGGGCGUAAGGAGGUUGGGGUGGUGAUGCGGGAGAAGAGGAUGGCGCUGGAUUUGGUGGAUGGGUUCGUGGUGGCGUUGAAACAUCAUUUGAGGAGUGAGUUGGGGAUAUAUUAUGAGGAUUUGUAUGAUCUUGUUAAGCCGUUCCAUGAGCAUGCUCAUGGACGUCACCACCACAUGAUGGAAGUUCAUAUCACGCACGAGCACGAGCACGAUCACAAUCACACCGACCAAGCCCACCGAACGCUCACCCAAUCCCCAUCGCAGACCCAACCCCAACCCCAACCCAUCCCCCAAUCCCUUCUCACCCCGUCCAAACCGCCCGUCUCCGCAAAAGCAUCCACAUCCACGUCCUCCCUCCUGCAAACCCCCCGCGACCCCAUCAUCCCCGCCAUAAACUCCUACGGCUCCAUUGCCCCCACUCCCUCUUCCUCCCCCUCGCUCACACCCACUCCCCGGCCCUCGCGCCAUUCCUCCACCAAAUCGAAAUCGCACCUCCACCUCCUCCACCGCCACUCCUCCACCUCCACCUCUUCCUCCUCAGACUCCGACUCCUCAUCCACCUCCCACAGGCCGCUCCUUCCCGCCAGCCGUGGAGAGGCCGAAGAUGUAUUAGGUAAGAUAAGCGGGGACUUGAUCCCGUUCGGGAGCGUGUUCAGAGGCGUGGGUCGGGUCGUCGGGAGGCUGUUACAUCUCCGGAUUGGAAAAGACUCGCAGGAUUCGCAGGGUGGGGAGAGGGAUGGCGCGAGACAGGCGAGCGAGUUGGGGAGGAAGCAUAGGCCGAGGGUGGCGGGGCAGGGAGAGAAUUUGCCGUUGGAUGCGUUGAGGUUUUUGAGUGAUUGGACGGCGGUGUUGGAGGAGAGGGGGACUGUUCCUGGGACGAGUUUGGGAUCGAUGAUUGGUUGUUUGGCGGCGUUUGAGGAUAGUCUGUCUACGUUGGAGAGGAUCUUGACUACGCCGUUGCCUUUCGUCUAUUCCGUGCACAUCAGCACCGUCUGGAUCUACCUCAUCUUCCUCCCCUUUCAACUCGUCGACCAGUUCGGAUGGUCCUCCAUCCCCGGAACCGCCAUCGCGGCGUUUAUCUAUCUUGGCUUCGUCGCUGCGGGAGAGGAGAUCGAGCAGCCGUUCGGCUACGACGAGAACGACCUCGACCUCGACAUGUUCUGCAAAGAGAUCGUCCACGCGGACAUCGAGAAAUUGAAACGCACGCCCUGCACGAACGUCUUCCUCGGCUCGCGGCAUCUCAGCGCGAGGGAUCCGUUGUAUGACGGGACGAGGAGCGUGAAGCAAGUACAGGGGGAGGGGGAAGGGAAGGGGAAGGGCGGAGAGGAAGUGGUGGCGGGAAAUGGGAACGGGAAUGGGAAUGCGGAGGAGAGGGAAAGGGAGAGGAGGGAGAGGAGGGAGGAGGGCAGGACGGAGGGGCAGGAGAUGCAUGAUCAUGAGAUCGAGGUCGUCAUCGGGUGA